AUGGGAGGUUCAGAUGAGGUGGUGGAGCCCCUUUACGCAGCGGGGCCGCCACAAGAGCAGCGACGCCAGCACCAACGACAGCAACAGCAGCAGCAACAGCAGCAACAGCAGCGGCAGCAGCAGCCCUUGCUCCGCAGCAGAAGCAGCUUCAACUCAAUCGAGAACAGGUACAGCUAUCCUCUCCCACUGCUCCGCCCUCUCACGCAGCUUCCUCAGCUGCAGGAAACCCAGCAGCAGCAGCAACAGCAGCAGCACCAGCCGCACCAGCAACAGGAGGACCAUCCAUAUGGCACUCUCCGAUCGUCUCCAGCACAGGCGGGGGAUUUGCAGCAGCAGCUGCUGCUGCAAACUACGCUGCUGCGGCAGCAGAGCUUCAGCCCCUGCAGCAUGAGCACCAGCAGCCGCGUACUGCAGCAACAGCAAGCAGUCCGUCGCUGUGCUUUUGCUUCUGCUUCACCAGCGACAUCCGGAACACAGAAACAGGCGCGCGCUGCAAGACCUCCUGCAGCGGAAGCAGCAGCAAGAUACAAUGAAUUGACGGGGGUCGAGCCGCAGGGUUUGAGAUAUUAUGAAGAGCGCACAGCUGCAGCAGCAGAAGCAGCAGCAGCAGCAGAAGCACCAGCACCUCACAAACUACACUCCUUAAAUAGCCAUGGUGUACUUCAGCACGCAGCAGCAGCAGGUGCUGUCACCGGAACAACAGCAGCAACUACUGCAACAGAAACAGAAGGACAGCAACAAGUUGCUGUUGCUUCCCCUGCCACCCAGCAGCAGGAGACACCAACGUCUGGGGGGCAGCGAAUGCCCCUGCUUGCUGCUGCAGUAGGUGCAGCAGCAACUGGUGCUGAAUCAACCGCAUCUGUAGCACGCGCCGCUGCUGGUCCUGCAGAUGCGGCACUCGCUGCUGGUGGUGCUGCUGCUGAUUCCGCACAUCUUCAGUGCACAACCCUCAUGCAGCAACGCCUGCUGGAGCAGCAACCGCUGCAGCCGCAUACUUCUAUGACCGUUUCACCGCUGCAACAGCAGCCUCUGCAGCAGCAGCAGCCUCUGCAGCAACAGCAGCCUCUGCAGCAACAGCAGCGCCUCUGCAGCAGCAGCAGCCUCUGCAGCAGCAGCAGCCUCUGCAGCAGCAGCAGCCUCUGCAGCAGCCGUUGUUGCUCGUUGCUGCUGCCGGCGAGGUGGGGAGGGCUCAUGCCUUUGGGGGCAGCAGAUUGCCGUGCUGCCGCCGCUACUAUACCCGCUGCUGCUGCCGUUGCUGCAGCAGCAGAAGGGCUCGCACGCGCCACUGCUGCAGCAGAAGCGCCACUGCCAUCGCUCCCAGCGCAGAUGCCGUGUCACCAACAGCAGCAACACCUGCUGCUGCUGCCUCGCCGCUUCCUGCAGCAGUUGCCUACAGCAGCAGAUGGCUCAUCGGGCCUCACACAACUUAACGGGCUGUACAGACACCUCCGCAGUGCCAUCUUGAAGCAGCAGCAGCUGCAGCAAGGCACUGCAUGGGGGACAGAGGACUCUCUAGUGGCGCAGGCAGCAGCAGCAGCAACUGCUGCUGCUGAAGCUGCUGCUGAGUUGGGGCUGCAGGGGGAAGAUGCUGCAGCAUGGCCUCCUGUUGCAGCAGCAGUUGCGGCUACGGAGGCUACAGCAACCGCAGCGGCUGCUGCGGCAUCUGCUGCUGCUGCUGCUGCUCUUUUCCCGGUUGCUUCUGGGAGCCCCUCAGCAGCAGCAGCAGCUGCUGCUGCACCGGCAGCAGCAGCUGCUGCUGCUCCUGGAGACGGCAGCAGUUUUGAAUCGAAGCGUCGGGAGGCAUUGAGGCAGUUGGGGCGUCUUUUGGCAUCUCCGCCCGUCAUUGUUGUAUUUGAUAUAUACCCCAGAGGCAACAACAACAGCAGCAGCAGGGGCAGCAGCGGCAGCAGUGCGCAACGAAGCUCAUCUGUCCGCGGAGGCUUGUCGUCCUCUCCUCAGGCCUUCAAAAGGAGCAGCAGCAGCACGUUGGGGCGUCUUUUGGCAUCUCCGCCCGUCAUUGUUGUAUUUGAUAUAUACCCCAGAGGCAACAACAGCAGCAGCAGCAGGGUCAGCAGCGGCAGCAGUGCGCAACGAAGCUCAUCUGUCCGCGGCGGCUUGUCGUCCUCUCCUCAGGCCUUCAAAAGGAGCAGCAGCAGCAGCACCAGCAGUUUGGCCACCGAGUUUGGGGAGGCCUUUGGGUGGCAGAUCCUCGAGUUCAGUCUAACAGAGGUGGGCCCUCCGCCUCUGCAGCUGCUGGUUGAUUUUUGUUCUUCCCUUCGUUUCUGGCUGCAGCUGGACAGACACCUCAACCUGGCGGUGGUGAACAUACACCCCAAGAGUGGAUGCAGCGCUCUCCUGCUGCUUGCAUGCGCAGCAAUGGCGUGCAGCAGCAGCACAGGAGCAGCAGGUUGGACAUCGCAGCAGCAGCUGCUGAAGAUGCUGGGGAACGCCUCAAUUGCUGCUCAAGACUGUGCCUAUCCUCCAGAAACCGUAAAGGCGAGCAACAACAGCAGCAGCAACAGCAGCAGCAGCAGCAGCCAGAGGGGAGGGGGGGUGCUGCACUGGAAGCCUGCGGACCGCUGGCCGCCUUCGUGUCGUCGCUACCUGUCCUACUUUGAGAGUCUACUGCGGCAAUCGUCUGGCCGAACCCUGGGGGAAGAGGCAGCAGGUGUCAGGCGGUCUGCGGCUGCGGGUGUGGAGACGCGUGUCGUUCGUCUGAAGAAUCUUUUGGUAGAUCAUUUUGCUGCUCCUGCUGCACUGAUUGCUGUUGAGGUAUAUGAGCUAGCCACUUGCUGCUGCUGCUGCAGCGGCUGCUGCAAGAAGCAAGAUGAUGCUGAAACCGUAGGCGUUCUCAUGCGGCACCGCGCGAAGGCAGCAGCAGCAACAGCAGCAGCAACUGCUGCCACAGACCGCUUUCCUCUUGUACACCCCACACUUCAGUCCUGCAGCAGCAGCAGCACCAGCAACGGCACUGAAUCAGAAGGACUCUUGCUUCCCCAGCAGCUGCUUCCUGCUGCUUCAACACAGAAGUUGCACUCGCAGCAGCAACCCCCGCAGCAACAACAGCAGAAACACCAACAGCAGCAGCAGCAGCAACAGCAGCAGCAGCAGCAGCAACAGGAUGGAAGAGGGCGGUCGCAGCGAAAGGGGCUUGCUAGUUACUGGUUGAAGCAACGCGACACCGGACGGCAGCAGCAGCAAUCUGAGGGACCACGGAGCGAAGGGACGCAAGACCACCCUUACUUGCAGGCGUUGCGGCAGCAGGCGCGGCUGCUACCGUAUUCUGCUGCUGCAGAGACAGCAGCAGCAGAAGCAACAACCGCAGCAGCAGCAGCAGCAGCAAUCGAAAACGCAUGCAGCCCUGACGAUGUGCCUCUGCUGCUGGACCCUGGGGGCCCCUUGGGCCACCUCGGAGCUUGCUGCGAUGCUUAUGUCUCCUUGCCUGUCGCUGCUCCUUGUCUCAGCAGCAAAAUCCCCUGCUGCUGUUCACCUGCCUCUGAUUCUAGCCACCUUUCUUGGGAUGGUUCAGCUGCUGCAGCUGCAGCAACAACUGCUGCUGCUGCAGCAGAGGGCGGCAGCCCAAGCGCUGCUGAUGCAGCUGAGUGGCUAGGAUCCCCAGGUGCAACAGAUGCGCCGGACGCUGCUGACGUUGCAGUUACAGCUGAGGAGUCUCUUGCUUCCCUGCAGCAUCGACAGCAGCAGCAGCACAUGCAGCAGCGACAGCUGCAACAGCAGCAUCAGCGCGAGCUCCACUCCCACUUUGCCCUGCAGGCCUGUGCACAGGACUACCAGCUAAUGGCUGCAGAUACUCUUCCGGACGGCUCGGCGUCAGCAGUGUUUGACUUUGCUCAUGACAGAAGUGGCAACAGCAGGCAGCUGCUGCUGUCGGGCGACGUGUUAAUUGUCCUCCGCCAGUUGGUCCCCAAGCCACGCCCUCUGCGAGACGCUGUGGGGGCUGAGUCGCAGCACCGCUGGCAGCAGAAUGCGCAGCAGCCGCAGCAGCACCAGCAGCAGCAGCACAUCUACGCCAUGUAUGCACUCCACACAGGUUUUCUGCCGCUGAACCAGUCUGUGGUGGAGCUGCAGGCUCAGGACUUCGAUUCGCCUGCCCCUCUCUCGCAGCGCCUGCGGGUGUCUCUGAUAUUCGAGCAUGUAGAUGACGUAUUCAGAAGCAACAGCAGCAGCAGCAGCAGCAAAAGCGACAACCUUAGCAGCAGUUAUUACUGCAGCACCACCGCUAGUGCAGCGAACAACUGCAACCUACCGCCAGUCCCAGCGGGUCAGUCAGAUGCUGCUGUCGCUGACAUGUCGCCUACUGCUGCUGCUGCUGCCGCGCCGACGGGACGGGUCAGUCAGAUGCUGCUGUCGCUGACAUGUCGCCUACUGCUGCUGCUGCUGCCGCGCCGACGGGAACGGGGACCUGUGAGAAACAGCCCUUCCCCGGCAGCAGCAACACGGCUAUUAGCAGCAAGCCUACACCAAGCAAGUCUCUGGUUGGGGGGAUUGUCUCUUCGUUGCUGCGGUGGCAGCAGCCGCGAGAGCAAUGUGCGGAGCAUCAGAUACAGCAGAUGCAGCAGCGGCAACCGCAGCAACAACUGCAGCAACAACUACAACAGCAGGAGUCACAGGCUCGACCCUCCCAUCGCCUUAGCACCUGCAGCAGCGUGA